AUGAUCCGCCAACCCCUUUUCCGCCUCGCCGCCAGCGCGACGGCGCGCCCCAUCCUCCCGACUGCCCUUCGCACGACGCCCACCGCCAGCCUCCGCCCCUCUCUCCUCCCCAACACGGCGGCCAUUUCCCGCCCCGCCGCCUUUACGCCGCUCCAGACAACCACCAAUGCCGCGGGCGCCCUCGAUCUCGUCCCGCAGACGUCCAUUUCGUGCCACCCGGCCUUCUUGGCGGCGCAGGUCCGCUGCGGCCCGCGCAACACGAUGAACCGCAACUCGCGGUUGAAGAGGAAGAGGAAGCACGGUUUCCUGUCGAGAAUCAGGACGAAGAACGGAAGGAAAACUCUGUUGAGGAGAUUGGAGAAGGGGAGGUGCAGGCUCUCCAACUAG